AUGGCCUUGGUGAAAGAAAUGAAGCUGAAGAUCACGACAGCAUUUUUCCGGAUCAACAACUUCUUCACUGCAAAAUUCUUUUCAACCACAUCAGUGGAGGAGACACGUGCACCUUGCCCGACGGAGCACACCGGAACCAAAACGAUACAUCUGUGGGAGGAGACGAGCAAACAGGUAGCCCUGAGGAGAGAGAAGGGAGCCAUUCAGAUCCAGGCCUGGUGGCGCGGCACCCUGGUGCGCAGGACCCUGCUGCACGCGGCGCUCAGGACCUACAUCAUCCAGUGCUGGUGGCGGCGCGUGCUGGCCAGGGUGCUGGCCAAGAGGCGGCACGACGCCCUGGAGCACUACGCCCGGCAAGAGCAGGCCAUCGUCAAAGUGCAGGCGUGUUUCCGCAUGUGGAGCAUCCGCAGGCGGUACUGUCGCCUGCUCAACGCCGCCCGCAUCAUCCAGGCCUACUGGCGCUGGCGCAGCUGCCACACGCGCGGCUUCAUCCAGGGCCGCUAUGAGCUCAAGGCGAACCUUCUGAAUCUUCAACUGGAAAUCCUGUUGGGGUCUCAGGCUUACCGGGUGACACAGUGCAUACCUCUUCCAAUAAAGGAGUGA